UAAAGUGCUUUCGAAGCAGCAAAUUUGAUGAUGACCAUGAGCACGAUGGCUGACGGUCUGGAGGCUCAGGACUCGUCCAAAUCGGCGUUCAUGGAGUUUGGUCAGCAGCAGGCGCCCUCGCAGCAGAGCUCGCCGUCGGUGGGCGCCGGACACUACCCGCUGCACUGCCUGCACUCCGGCACGCACCAGCAGCAGCACGACGGCUCUCCCUACUCGGGCUCCGGCUCCUACAACCGCUCGCUCACCUACUCGUACAUGAGCCACGCGCACCACAGCCCCUACCUGCCAUCCUACCACAGUAACGCGGCCACGGCGCACACGAGGCUUGACGGCACAGAACAGCAGAAAACAACAGUAAUCGAAAACGGAGAAAUAAGGUUCAACGGCAAGGGCAAGAAGAUUCGCAAACCGCGGACAAUCUACUCUAGUUUGCAGCUGCAGGCUUUGAACCACCGCUUCCAGCAGACCCAGUAUCUCGCAUUGCCAGAGCGCGCGGAGCUCGCAGCCUCCCUCGGCCUCACACAGACACAGGUAAAGAUCUGGUUUCAGAACAAGAGAUCGAAGUUCAAGAAGCUGCUGAAGCAAGGUAGCAACCCCCACGAGAGCGAGCCACUGCCUGGCUCCCUGGCGCUGUCCCCGCGCUCUCCGGCCAUCCCGCCAAUAUGGGACGUGUCAGCUUCCUCCAAAGGCGCGAGCAUGUCCGCCAACAGUUACAUGCCCACUUACUCGCACUGGUACUCCUCUCCUCACCAGGACUCCAUGCAGAGAUAGGCUACGCGCAACCCGGCCAGGCCCCAGGCCCAGCGCACGUGCCCUCCUUCUUUAGUCCUACCUGAGCAGUGGUAGCCAAACGUUGCCAUCAUUGGAGGACUUCUCGUCUUGUUUCUGGAGAGCAGUUCUUCUGCUGGAGAACAAGCGGAGCAAAGAUCUCGGGACUGAACUGCUUGAACUGACACGUCGCAGCCCGAACAGGAUUUUUUUUGCUUUGAAAAACAUCCGCUGUUGUAUCUGUUGACUCUUUUAACCAAGUGCGUCCAUUCACCAGCAUGGGGCAGGGGCUGGGACACCUUUCGCAAAGCUCCAUGGGUCACUGCUGAAAAGGAACCCAAAUAAAAAUAAAAAACGAAAAAGAAAAAAAGAAAAAAUGCGGUCUUUGCGUUAUGACUACAUGUUUUUCGUCAUGCAAAAGAAGCAAUUUUGUAUGUAAAUAUAUUGUCCAAUUUU